GAAAAAAAAUUAAAAAACAGGAACAAUACACCCCUCGGAGGACAAUGGUUUCGCCCAUGCUGCGGGACUGUUUGACUGCCACAACAUGGCGCAGACUGUCGCCGAAUAAGAAGACGAUCGAACUGGUAGCGAAUCAGCGCCAUGGUGGGAGUGGACAGUACCCACGAUCGGCCGUGUGUGUGAGCACCGCAGCAAGGAGCCGACCUGUGGACGUACAAGACAAUAAUGGCUCGUAAUGUCAACUUUGACUUGGGACACCCUCUCAUGGAAGCUGGACUGGAGAGUCCCGUCGAUGAGGAAGGCGUUCAUGACUCAUUCAAUCAGCUGAUAGCAGAGCAGACCUACAACAGAGGCCUGGGAGAAGAAGCCUUUGAGCUCCAGCAGCUUCAGAAAGAACUGGAUGAGGAGAGUCAAGAUAAUGUGGCACACCUGUCUAGCCCUGGAUCUAGGUUCAGGCGGAGGAGGAAGCAGGCAGGGGCGCCGGGAUGGGAUGAUGGUGAAAGAGUGAUGGACCCAUCCACUGGUGAACAAUGGUCUUUAGCCACCUUAAAGAUCCUGUCUUCCAUGCCGAGUCGCACCAUUGGUCGCAGCAGAGGGGCCAUCAUCUCUCAGUACUACAACAGGACCAUGCAACUUCGGAGGCGCAGGCAGAGCAGACCUUCCAUCAAAGACUUCUCACGCUCGGCCAGGCCAUGCAUACAAGCCUUUUGCCUUGAAACGCAAAGUGCUUCCGUAGAAGUAAAUAAACGUGAUCGUCUGGUGAAUAAUUUGCAAAUCCUGUCAGUCAGCGACAGAGUCAGCAUGCUGCGAGCGAUGCCUCUCAGUGUGUCAGAAAAGAGUGAACUCAGGAUGUUGACUUUGCAAAAAGGGCGACGCACAGUGUCGGGAAUUCAGAUCCCCUGCUGCAGUCGACUCAAAUAUUUUGUUAUCAUAGCCUGCAGACAGAGUUGGUACAGCUGGCUCUCCUUCAUGCACUCCCUCCAGCUGUGGCAAGUGGCACUCAAGCGAGUCAGCGGCCGUUUCGGCAGUGGAGUCCUCUCGUACUUCCUGUUCCUCAAGACUCUGCUCUUCUUCAACGUCUUCCUCUUUAUCCUGACCGUCGCGUUCAUAGUGCUUCCCCAGGCAGUGCACCCUCCACCUGUGUCUGACGGCAGAUCCACCUUUACUGGCCUGGAGGUCCUCACAGGAGCAGGCUAUUUCUCAGACACGGUGAUGUACUAUGGAUACUACUCUAACUACACGCUGCAAAAGAGCUGCAGGAACCAAAGUGAAAGCGGACAGCAGUACAUCUCUCCAGCCAAUGGAAGCAGCCUGGACUGCACGUCGAAGCAUCCGCCUUACAAGAUGCCACUUGCCUAUUUCUUCACUAUAGGCAUGGUUUUCUUUAUCACCUGCAUCAUCCUUGUGUACAGUAUGUCAACGUCGUUUGGUCGAAGCUUUCGAGUUGACAAGUCUCACAGCAUCCUGGCUGUGAAAGUCUUCUGCUGCUGGGACUUCAAGGUUAUCAAAAAGACUUCAGUCAAACUCAUGUCUGAGAAUAUCUGUACCCAGCUGAAGGAGUUGCUAGCAGAAGUAAAUCGCAAGCGUUCCAAAAACACUGCGUACCAGAAGCUCUGUAGGAUGGCGGUUUCCCUUCUGGCAUGGACUAUCUGUAUAGCAAGCACUAUUGCCUGUGUGCUGAGCAUCUACUACUUCUCCGACUACAUGCACCAGCAAACGUCUCGCAGCGUGACCAAGAAGCCUUUGUUGAACGAGGCGAGCCUGCUAGCUCUUCCUGUGAUGGUGUCGCUUAUCAACCAACUGCUGCCUGGUAUGUUCAAUCUUGCCGCCUGGAUGGAAGACUACGAGUCACCUUCAGUGCGCACAUAUGUUGCCAUUGGCAGGAACUUGAUGUUGAAAGUCAGUGUGCUCGGAGUACUCUGCUACCACUGGCUGGGUCGGGUGGCUGCUGACCCAAACAGCAUUGGCCUCAAGUGCUGGGAGAGUUUUGUUGGCCAGGAACUGUAUCGCUUCCUGUUGAUGGAUUUCAUCUUUACUCUCCUGGACACCUUGUUUGGAGAGCUUCUUUGGAGGUUGUUUUCUGAGAAGGUGCUGAAGAGGAGAAGGAAACCAGUUUUUGAUAUUGCCAGAAAUGUCCUUGAUCUCAUCUACGGGCAAACCUUAGCCUGGUUGGGCGUUCUCUUUACUCCUCUGCUGCCUGCAGUGCAAAUCCUAAAGCUUCUGCUGCUGUUUUACAUCAAAAAGAACAGCGUCAUGAUGAACUGUCAGGCCCCGAGGAGGCCGUACAGAGUCAGCCAGAUGACCACCAUCUUCAUCACUCUUCUCUGCUUCCCCUCCUUCCUCGGUGCCUCGGUGUGUGUCACAUACACCAUGUGGAGUAUCACACCAUCCUCAUCAUGUGGACCCUUUCGCGAGCUCAAAACCAUGUUUCAGGCCGGGAAACAUUGGGUGACGGACCUGGAAAAGGACAAUCCCAAAUUCUCCCUGCUGGCUAAGGCUCACUCCUACCUGGUGGAGAACCCUGUCUUCCUGUUUUUUGCAGCAGGCAUCUUCCUGAUCGUCAUCUAUUUCCACAGUCAGGUGGUGGAUGGUCAGAGGAAGAUCAUCAGUUUGCUGCAGGAACAAAUAGAAAAUGAGGGAGAAGACAAGAAGUUUAUCAUCACUCGCCUGCAGUCGAUCCACGAGCAGAGACGAACCCCUAGAAAGCUGACAAGCCAGGUGCUGGAGGACGUGUGCAAAAAGCAUGGAUUCGACCCCGACGAUCACGGUUUGAAGUUUCAGAGGACCGUUCUUGACCUGACUCUGCAGUGGAGGUUUGCUAACUUGCCCAACAAUGCCAAGUUGGAAGUAGUAUCAAGUCCCAAGAACCAGAACCUCUCUGAUAGUCAGGUUCGGAUUGCGCUGCAGAUGGAGGAUGGCUCUCGUCUCCAGGGCUCUUUUUCUUCUGGACAGAGUCUUUGGGAACUGCUGACACAUUUUCCUCAGAUCCGUGUGUCCGAGCUCUCAGAAGCUGGCUCUAUCCCUGUGUGUGUUUACAUGAGAGAUGAGGUGUGUGGGGAAGAGGCCCUCAGGAAGGCCACUCUGAAGUCAUUUGGCCUGACAGGAGGAAGUGCAAUCGUCAGAUUUUUGUUUAAGAAGAACAAAGCCCCAGAAGAGGAAGGUUGCGUGGAUAUGAAUCUCACCGCCACAGUGCCAACCCCCCUUGCUGUCAAUGAACACCCGCCCAGCUCAGCCAAUCAGCAUGCUCCGUCACAUUGUCAAAGCUCGGCUUUAGAUGAGCGCAUUCAAAACUCCAACUCUCCUUUGCCAAAGGGAACUAUACCAAUUUCUGCCACCAGUAAACCGCCUGUUCAGCAAGAACUUGUGAAAAAAAUGGAGGAUGGAGUUCAACCAAAGGCUCCCAGUGAAGGAAGAGGAAUGCCCGAGAAUGAUGAAGAGAAGGCAGGACCGUCAGGGAUCAACUCCCGAUCACCGUCUUCCUCUUUUUCUCCUGCCACGCCAUUUAUACCUUUUUCUGGAGGUGGUCAGCGUCUUGGCGGUCCUGGUGGAAUUUCAGUCAGACCCUCGUCUUCAUCAGUGUCAGCCUUGACCUUUGCAACAGAAUCACCCAAAGCCAAGAAAGCCAAGCCUUCCAGUUCUGCCAUCAAGCAUCGACACACUGCCAACAAGUCAGAGGAGGACAUCGAUGAAGCAGCAGAGUUUCUAGAACCGGUGGAGAGAGAGCCUCUCAUCUAUCACAUGGAAUCUGUGUCCGGUCACUCCAAAGACCACGAUGAUUUGCCAGACGACUUUUUUGAUGUGACAGUGGAUGAUGUACGCAGGCGCUUUGCCCAGCUGAAAAGUGAAAGGAAAUUGUUGGAGGAAGCUCCUUUGGUGACUAAAAAUCUUCGAGAAACUCAGAUGAAGGAGAAGAUGGAAAGAUACCCCAAAGUGGUUCUGAGAGUCCAAUUUCCAGAUCGACAUGUUUUACAGGGCUUCUUCCGACCCUUGGAGACAGUUGGGGCUUUAAUGCAUUUUGUCAGGAGCCACUUGGAGGAUCCACAGCUCCCAUUUUUCCUGUUCAUCACCCCACCGAAAAAAAAUCUGGAUGAUCCGGGUGUCACACUUUUCCAGCAGUCCGACCUGUUUCCUGGUGCUCUGGUGUACCUCGGCUCUGACGUUAAGAGAGAAUUCUACUUAAAGAAGGAAUUCCUCAGCACUUCUGUCUCAGCUUUGCAAGCCAAUGAAUCCAUUGCAAGCUGCAUGCUUCAGUCGCCAGAAGCUUCCGCCAGCUACUUGGACACUGUAGAAGCACUGCCUGCUCAGCCAAGAGCUGACAACAACUUACCCUUGGAGGACCACCAAAGUCUGUCGGCAAACACCCCCCAGGCUGCUAAGCCCUCCAGGUGUGAAGGGGGCAAGGUGCCCAAGUGGCUCAAGCUUCCAGGUAAGAAAUAAGAGGAACAACAUGUGUACACCAGUAUACACCAGGAAAGUGCUUUAAAGGUGGAUGCUGUUUGAAUUCAGCAUGGAAGAUUAUUGGACUGUGAGGUAAAAAAAAAACUGUUCAGUACAGAUUUCAAAUUUCCUUUUCACAAAGAUUGUUUUAAAAGGAACUGCAUAUUUCAAUAAAAAAAUUGCUGUGUAAA